UGGCAAGGAUGUUGAAUUCUGUUGACUGCUCGUUUAUAUCUAUUGUAUUAUAUCAUGGGGAAAUUAUGUAAUGUAUUUAUGCAAUAUAUGUUGAGUUGUAUCUGACCAAUUCAUAUUCAGCGUAGAUCCAUUGAAAUUAAUGGAGUGGAGGGACACAUUUAUGCCAUUCAUAUUUCCUCCAGCCCAGCGGAAUGGGGAGUUUGGAUUGCUCUGCCUAUAAGUUGUGAAUUGACGGAUAACAGCAGGUGCACAAGUCAGAUUUCCCAGGUGGAAGACUUCAGAUUUUGCCCAUGAGCUCUCCUUAAUUUGCGAUGCACCCAGAUCUGUCUCCUCAUCUGCACAGCGAAGAAUGCAACCUUAUUAUCCGUCUGCUCAAGGAGUGCCACAAAGAGCACUCCAUCAUGAGAUAUUUUGGUCGUUGCAAUGAUUUUGACAAAGAAAUGAGGCGAUGCUUAAAGAAAGAGUAUCAAGAAAACAGAGCCAGGAGCCAAGCACAUGCAGAAGAGAUAAGACGAAAAAUGAGAACUUCAGAACCAUAGAUAGAGCUGAGGACUGGGCAACAUACGGAUGGCCAAAGGAGUGUGUUGUCUCAUGUCUUCUGGGUACCUAAAUAAAGAAAACUAUUUAAAUCCGAAACAUUUGCAAUAAAAAUGGCUGCGAUGUUGGCAA